AUGAAUGCUGCUGCUGCUGUCGUCGGAGCUGUUGGUGGAGCCUUCGGUGGUUCGAGUGGAGCAAUUCAGCAGCGGACAGAUUCACAGAUGUGGUUUGGUGUUGUGGUCGUGAAGAACAGCACACUGCCAGUCCCCUGCACCCACCAUCACCGCCACGCUCCGGCAGAGCCUCACGGCUCUCUGCAACUCCGGCGGUUACCAGCAACCCAGGCCCUCCAUGCUCCAACCAUCACCGCUGCACAGCCACGGCAACACGACGACCCCUGCAACUCCCAUCACCGCAGGCAUCACCCACAGCACCAGCAGCAAUCCCCAGAAAUUCACGACAACGCCCCACGCUCUCUCCAGCAAGUCCCCAUCGUCUCCGUCCUUGCCCAUCAACCACCAUUGCUGUCACCUUUCAUCGCAGUCGUCGCACCAUCCUCGCCGUCGCCGGAGUUUGUGCUGAGAGGAGCCUCGAUACAGUCCGCAACCUCCACAACACAACAACCAUCGAGCAGCACGGGCGACCUUCUUCUGCAACUGCUGCUGCCGCUCCCUCCACGCCGAACUCCACCAUUGCCGAGAAUCAUCUGCUCUGCCUCCAGCCACCGUGAGCACCUCAUCGUCUCCGGCCGUCUUCACCCUCUCCCCAGGACCUCCGGCAGCUCCACAAGAUCUCACACCCCUAUCCCUCACACUGCCAGUCCCCUGCACCCACCAUCACCGCCACGCUCCGGCAGAGCCUCACGGCUCUCUGCAACUCCGGCGGUUACCAGCAACCCAGGCCCUCCAUGCUCCAACCAUCACCGCUGCACAGCCACGGCAACACGACGACCCCUGCAACUCCCAUCACCGCAGGCAUCACCCACAGCACCAGCAGCAAUCCCCAGAAAUUCACGACAACGCCCCACGCUCUCUCCAGCAAGUCCCCAUCGUCUCCGUCCUUGCCCGUCAACCACCAUUGCUGUCACCUUUCAUCGCAGUCGUCGCACCAUCCUCGCCGUCGCCGGAGUUUGUGCUAAGAGGAGCCUCGAUACAGUCCGCAACCUCCACAACACAACAACCAUCGAGCAGCACGGGCGACCUUCUUCUGCAACUGCUGCUGCCGCUCCCUCCACGCCGAACUCCACCAUUGCCGAGAAUCAUCUGCUCUGCCUCCAGCCACCGUGA